CCCUCCCCUCAGCGCAGCCGGCGGCAACAUGGCCGCGCUGGCCACGGCCCUGGCGGCGGCCGCCGGGCAGCAACAGAAUGAGGGCUGUUCCAGCGCUGCAGGUGCUGGUCUGCAAUUUCAGAACUGGAAGAUGAAAGCUGAGCCAGCUAAGAAAGUUGAAUUCAUAAGAAGUGCAGAAAAGCUAAAAGCUCAGCUUGCAAAUAUAGAAAAAGACAAAAGUGGACUUCUUUAUAAUAGGAAGAGUGAUUUCAGGGUAGAAUACAGAAUACUAGAGGAUCUGGAACGCAGCAUGACUGUCAGCAGAAAAACGGAAAAAGCUAAAAUCCUGCAGCAGCUUUCAAAAAUACAAAACAAUGUGAAGAGACUUCAGCAACAAUUAAAGGAUGUGAAGCCUACACCAGAAUUUGUUGACAAGCUUAAGGAAAUGAUGGAAGAAACUGAAAACGCAAUCAAUGCUUUUAAAGAGGAACAGAGGCAAAUAUAUGAACAGCUUUUGAAAGAGGAAAAAGCUACCAUUAAUGAGCUCAAUCUCUUUGAGAGAAAAGUGGAACUGUGGGCAUUAGGCAGCUUAACAACAGAAAAAGUUGUGAAAUUACCAUCAGCCAGGGUUACAGUUGAUAAAACACUGGAAAAUCAUCUACCCAAAGAAGUAGUAGAGUUUGAAAGAUUCCUUCAGCAAACAGGAGGGCGGCAAGGAGGCUGGGAUGAUUAUGAUCAUCAAAAUUUUCUGAAAGUACGGACUAAAUACAGAGGAAGGUUGUCUUACAUGGAUAAAGCCCUUCAGUAUCUCAGUGGAAGAACAAAAGAAGAUAUUGAACAGCAUGACAAAUGGUAUCAAGAAUUUCUAAUUUUACAUGAAAGAAAGAAAGAGUCAAUUAAGAAGUGGAAAGAAAAGCAGCAGGAAGAAAAAGAAAGAAACUUGAAGGAGAAAGAGAAAUCAGAAAAAAUGCUCAAGCAAAAAUGGCAACAGCAUGAAGAAGCUCAGAAGCAAAAAGCAGAAGAAGAAAGAAAAAGAAAACAAGCAGCAGUUGAAGCAUGGAAGAAACAGAAAGCAAUAGCAUUUGCAAUGGAACAAGCGUCACAACUGAAACUAGAAGAGAGAGAGAAAAGGCAGGAAAAAGAGCGCCAAUGCCACGUGAAGUUACUGUUGGAAAGGAAUACCUUGCAGAAGAAAGUAAAGCAGGAACUUGAAAAGCUUGAAAUUGAGAAGAGAGAGGAAGCUGAAAAGGAGGAAGGAAAGAAAAUUGCUGCAGAAAAAAUUUCUAGGUUUCAAGAGCGUGAUCUACAUAAACUGGAGCUAAGGGUUUUACAGAAACAAGCUAAAGAAAUAGAGGAACAAGAAAAAGAAAAAAAGUUGGCAAAGUUGAGAGAGAAGGUCGAGAUUCAGGUAACCAGAGACCGAUCCGAGUUGCACAAAGCUACCAAGGGCUGGGAAGAACGUAGGAAGGAGAUGGCACCAGUAGCUUCAGAACCACUGUUACGUGUUACUCACAGGGCUGUCCCAGCCUGGAGAGGAGGGCUAUAGCUGCGCCCCAGCCUGUCCCUGCCGCAAGAGGAAGCAGCAGCCAGCACUUUUCGGGAGCCAGCACAGAGUUGGCUUGACACAUGACGUGUAUUCCCUUUGUAUUUUGAGAGUGUCGGGUUGGGAAUGCCGCCUGUGGGACCGGCCGGGCGUGAUGUCCCUUGGCAUUAAAAGCACGUUUCCCCACAGCUGCCUGGGACAAUCCCUUCAGGGUGUGGGGGGGUCGUCACACUGGCUCCCGCCCUUUCCUUUCCCUUUCCGCUUUGCCCGUUCCCCUGUUCUCUUUCGUCUUCCCCCUUCCCUGUUCCCUUUCCCCGCCCCGGGGCGGGUCCCGCGGGUGACGCGGUCCGGGCGCGCCGGGCGCGGGCAGCGGCGGUGGGAUGGAGAUGGCGGCGGCGCCGUGCGCGGGGGAGCCGGAGCGGCUGGACUUCCUGCGGGAUCGGCACGUGCGCUUCUUCCAGCGCUGCCUCCAGAUCCUGCCCGAGCGCUACUCGUCCCUGGAGACCAGCAGGUAGCAGCGGGACGGGCUCUCGUGCUUCGGGCGGGCGGCGCGCCGCCGUGUCCCGCCCGGCGCCCCCCGCCCGUCCCGGGAUGCCGCCCUCACCCCCUCCCCGCCGGGCGGGCGCCUCCACGGGAAGUCCCUGCCGGAGGCUGCCUGGCCUCCCGCGGCCGUGGGCAGGGAGCAGCCCCGCCGUGGCCGGAAGGAAAAGCGUCCUUGUAAAUCCGGCCACUGGCAGAAGGCUCCCCAAAAAACCGGGUUGAUGUAGGGGCGUAGUCUCUGCUCGCGUGAACUGCUCAAUAUCCCAGCGGGAAGACUUGUUGAUCCUUUUAAUCGGUUUUCAGUCCAUUGCUUAAUCCGCCCUGGAAGCCAUUUUAAAAUAAGUUACUUAAGCUUUUUGUUGCUCUGGGUCGACACGCAUACGAUUCUUGUUCAUGUAAGAGAAAUAUUUUAAGUCUUCAUUUGUUAGUAUAAGAGAUAAAAUACCAGUGAAGUAUGUUAUGAAUUAGAGGGACAUUUGUCCCUGUAAUGACUUGAGAAUGUACUUACUUCGUGUUCUUGAAGUCUUCACGUAAGGUAAUUGGUUACAUCUGAGGCACAAGAAGAUCAAUAACUUGAUUGUCAAGCUUUACCUGAUAAAAACGUGGAGAUAUGUAGAUGGUUUGAUAUAUUAUUCAACCAAUAAAAUCAUCAGAUUCUUUUCACAGUA